GAGAUUGGUGGGAUAAAGGCAGAAAAUUCCCGCAUAGCAGAGAACCUGAAGAAGUUCCAGGAGGCACAGGUCUGUGCAGACCACUGAGGUGGUGAAUGUCGUUUUGCCUCCACUCCUCAUAUCUGAUACCACUUUCUCCUACAGUCCGGCAUGGCAGAAAACAUGAAGAAGAUCCAGGAGGCACGGGAUGAGGUCACAUCCCUCUCUGAGAAUAUCACUGAGGAGAUUGACAGGAUAAAGGAAGCACAGAACCACACAGCACAGAAGAUUAAGGAGUUGGCUGCCUCAAUUAAGAAGCUGGAGGAAGACCUUAAAAAGCUGAGGCAGGAUGCAGCGAAGUGGAAAGAAGAGAGCAGCAAUGAGAUCUCUCAGCAACUCGAGGCUUUGCUGGAGGAGACAAAGCGUGAGCUGCAGAAGAUGGGAGAGCAGCAGGAGAUGAGGAAGGCCAUGCUGGAGCAGCUGGUGACUGAGACAACCAACAAGCUGGCUGAGAUAGGGGAGAUAGUGAAGAGUGUGCAGGAGGAGAAGGAGAAGGCAAAGGCAGAGUGCUCCAACUGCACCUUUGACAUCAAUGAGCAUUUGGGGGAGCUCCUCCGGCGCUGUGAGAACCUCCAGGAGCAGGUGGAAUCCCUGGAGUCCCGGCAGAUGGCUGUGGGCAAGCUUGAAAAGAUGAUGAGGAAUUGGGGCCAGAACACACAGCAGAUGCAGCCCGAGGAUGCAACAGCUGUACAGAUGCAAAGGGACUAUGAGAAGCUCAGCUUCAUAUCUGGGACCCUCCAGAAGGACUCUGAACAAAAGCAGAAAGAAAUCAAAAUGCUGUUCCAGUCUCUGGAGAAGCUGCAGAAGGAGAAGGCAGAUCAGCAGGACAUGCUGGCAGCAAUGCACAUGAAGGCGGACAAAGCUGCCUUGGGCAGCAAAGUCAAUUGCAGCCAGUUUGAUGUCACUAUGGAGCGUCUGGAUGAGAGGAUGCAGGAGUUGCAGAGCCAGAUUUCAGGCCAGGAGCAGCACUGGAACAAUACGCAGCAGCAGCUCAGUGAUGCAAUGGAAGAGAAGCUGGAUCGCCUGGAGUUGAAGACUUUCCGUAAUCAGAUGGAGGAGACCUGGAAGAGAAGUAUUGAGGAGCUCAGGAAUGAGAUGAAGCAGGGUGACAGUGGUGCUGGGAUUAAGAAGUACCCCAAGAUACUCCCAUAUUUGCAGCCACUGCGCCCUGGCAAGGAGCCACAGCACAGCCAAAGAAAAAGAAGAAGACACGGAGGCAGCUCCUGCAGCUUCCGGGGACAGCAGCACAGCCGGGGAAUCACUGUUGUUGAUCGCGUUGCCUGGCUGCAUGGGCGGAUCGGCGGGAGGCGGUUCCGGGUGCUGCGGCGCAGGCGCAGUCAUCAGAGCCGGCGGAGCUGGCCCGGGCGGCUGCGGGGCCGCGGGCGGAGCCGGCUGAGGCGGAGCCGCGGGGUCCGGCGCCUCCCGGGGACUGGAGAGGCUGGUCGAGCCCUGGGGCCCGUGAGACCUGUCGGGGAGCUGUUCGUGGCUGGUGCUCUCGUGAGGCGGCAGGGCCUGGGGGUGAAGUGA